AUGUCCUUAUUCGGCGAAUCCCCAGAGGAUCGCUCUACAGGAGGCUUCGCUCAGAAAUCAAAGUCCUCUCUGUUCGCCGACGAACCGGCUACGGGCGGCUCAUCGCUGUUCGCCGAUGACGACGGCGAUGACAGCUCCUCUCCCUGGAACAUCCAAAACAACUCAGCGAAAAGAGCAGCUCGGCGCGAUCUGGUCCGAACCUUGCUUCCGAACUCCGACGUACCGGAGAGCUAUAUCGAUGCCUACGAUUUGAUCCUGAAUAACGGGGACAGGGUUGGCUCCGGCAUUGGGCUGACCUCUGUUCGGGAGAUUCUCUCGAGCAGUGGGUUAUCCGCAACAGACCAAAGCAAGAUCCUGAACCUCGUGGCCUCGGGGGACCAUGAGAGCUUCGGCGGAUUGGGUCGUGGCGAGUUCAAUGUGCUGUUAGCUUUGGUUGGCUUGGCGCAAGAGGGCGAAGACCUCUCUUUCGAUGCGGUGGACGACCGUCGCAAAAAAUUGCCGCAGCCUAAAACCGACUAUCUCGACAAGUUACGACAGACCGGCGACGCGCCCUCCGAGCCACAAGACCAGCGACCAGCAACUCCCCCGCCACAGGAACAUCCUUUGCCCACGCCGGGCUCGGCGCGAUCACAUAUAAGUCGGCAGGAGUCCUUGGGUGGAUUGGAGGCCGAUCCAUGGGGCAGUCCACAGCUGCACCGGGGCCACAAUCAUGCGGUGGGAGGUGCUGAUAAUCGUACAUCGAACCACUUCGGUAGUGUGCGCUCUACUACAAAUGCUUGGUCCACACAUGUGAACGAAGGGACUAGCCAAACAAGUGUGUCCCAGCAUGAGCAUACAAAUGGCCAGACAGCGGCUGCACCACCCAGUAGCUCUGGGUCAGGAUGGGGAAAUACAACUCUCGCCGGACCAAGUCACAGUGAUGAGAGCAGCUUCGGAGGGACCGAUCGAGCAGCGCUGGGUGUGUUCGGGCCCCCAGGAGACGAACCCAGCAGUAUUGCACCGCGCCGCCGAUCUUUGGGCCUCGGCCGUAGCACGACAAAUCCGCAGGUGGAGGAGACUGUCACUGUUUCCUUGCUCCCCGAAAAGGAAGGAUUGUUCAUGUUCCAGCACCGCAACUAUGAGGUGAAGUCGGCGCGUAGGGGUAGUACAGUCAUUCGGCGCUAUAGCGAUUUCGUCUGGCUACUGGAUUGUCUUCAGAAGCGGUUCCCAUUCAGGCAAUUGCCUCUUCUUCCACCCAAGCGUGUUUCAGUCAAUGGCACUCACCUUUCAGCGGAUUCAUCUUCUUUCCUCGAAAAGCGCCGACAUGGUCUCAUCCGAUUUACCAACGCACUCGUCCGCCACCCCGUUCUAGGCCAGGAACAGCUGGUUGUCAUGUUCUUGACAGUCCCAACCGAACUCUCUGUAUGGCGCAAACAGGCCACAAUCUCAGUCCAAGAUGAAUUUGUGGGGCGUACUCUCCCCAAGGACCUCGAAGAUUCCCUGCCUGAAACCCUCAAUGAUACAUUCGAAACCGUGCGCAGUGGUGUCAAGAGAUCUGCUGAAAUCUAUAUUAAUCUAUGCACUUUGCUUGAAAGGCUGGCUAAACGGAAUGAUGGACUGGCCGCGGACCAUCUCCGAUUUUCUCUCGCCCUGCAGUCUUUGACGGAAGUCACCAAAGACACGUAUGCCGUGGAUACCAACGACAUCCCGGCUCUCAAUGAAGGCAUUACAGCCACCGCUCGUCACCUCUCUACCAGUCAAAGCUUAUUGGAAGACGAGGCCCGAGGGUGGACUGAGGGGGUUCUGGAAGAUCUCAAGCGGCAACGCGAUUGCCUGGUCAGUGUUCGGGAGAUGUUCGAUCGCCGUGAUCGUUAUGCACGGAACAAUAUCCCACAGCUGGAGCGGCGAAUCGAGACCAACGAACAGAAGCUGACGGAUCUGCAUGGCCGACCCGCGGGCACCGUCAAGCCCGGGGAGAUCGACAGACUCGGGGACUCUAUUCUCAAGGACAAGGAAUCUAUCGUCGAGCAGCAUGCCCGGGGCGUCUUCAUCAAGGAGUGCAUCCGGGAUGAACUGGUACACUUCCAGCAGAGCCAAUAUCACAUCAGCCGCCUGCAUCAAGACUGGAGUCAGGAGCGGGUCAAGUACUCCGAACUGCAGGCGGACAACUGGCGUGGCUUGAGCGACGAAGUUGAGGGGAUGCCGACGGGCGUGUAG